CGGGGGCUAUUAUUAAAGAAGGUAAAGUAGCCUUAGUUUUUGAAGUCGCGCAAUGGCGUUUGCUAGUCGGGCCAUUUCCAGACGGACAUGGCAAGAGUUGUUUGGCACCAGAAACUUUGCUAAUUUUUAUGCUUGGAGAUGCACAUCCAGUGGGCCCAUCCAACAAUGCGGAGCCGAAAGCUCCUGGCAAGUCAGUUCCCGUGGCCGGGUGUGUAACAGCAGAGGAGAAGUAUCAUAUGGAUGCUUGCAGCCAUCAGGCUACUUCAGGGUCAACAUGUCAGGCAAUAAUUUUUAUGUCCAUCGGUUGGUGGCAUUGGCCUUUCUCGGUCCUCCACCUGAUGACUUGACAUGGCAGGUGCAUCACCACGAUGGCAACAAGGCCAACAAUCGUUUGGACAACUUGGAGUAUGUAACGCCUAGCCAGAACAAUAUUGCCUCAUAUGCCAGCCAAACUAGACGAUGUGGCGGGGAUAAGCAGUCCAUACCUGUGAUGUGGAGAGCUGUUGAGUCCCAAACUUGGACUACUUCCCCAUCAAUGAAAGAAGCAGCAGCAGAGCUUGGCAUGAGCCUGAAUUCAGUUUGGAGGGGCUGCCGUUGCGUCAAAGCAGUGAAAGGCUAUGAGUUUCAACUUGCGGACAGUCAGGGGACAGGAGCACUGGAGGGAGAGGACUGGCGACAAAUGUAUGAUCCUGUGUCAGGGCUGAAGGUGCCUGGGCGGAUGGUAAGUUCGCGUGGCAGGAUCAAAUCCAGAAAUGGGCUGAUAUCUUUGGGAUGCUUGCUAAAGUCAGGGUACUACACGACCAGCGUUUGCUUAAAUUCUCACAAACGCCUGGAGCUUGUCCAUCGUCUAGUGGCAUUUGCAUUUCUGGGACCGCCUCCAUCUCAACAUUGCAUGUAUGUUAAUCACAAAGAUCUGGACAAAAGCAAUAACGCAGCUGAAAAUCUGGAGUAUGUGACAUGUUCUGAAAACAUGGCACACUUUUUUUCGAACACAGGCAUCAGAAACCGUAUGAGCAGACCGGUAGAGAGCAGACUAAAAAGCAGCAAAGAGUGGACAAAGCACCCAUCCAUUCGCAGCACUGCCGCUGCACUCAGCAUUAGCCGCACAAGCAUUUCUGCUUGCAUCAGCCGACGCCUGGCAAGCGCUUGUGGCUACGAGUUCAGGUUGGCCACCAAGGAUAUCCUUUCAGGCGAAGAGUGGCGUUGCGUUGAUCUCCCAGCUUUGCUUCGAGAAAAAGCUACACGAAAAGGACGGUGGCCAUCCGCUUCCCAGCUAGAGCCUUGUACAAACUGAUGCUAUAAAGAUCGAUCUGCAAUCCAAGAGCCUUGGAACAUUGAAAAUUCGGCCGGGCAGAUUGAUGACAUGGAACCUGUCAUUGGAAUUCAGCCAUUGAAGGAAAGGGUCAUUUACAGCAAUUGCACUACAAUCGUUCGUUCUUGGCAUCAGAUCGAAUCCAAGAUAGGAGAUGCCUGGCUGUGCGAAAUGGUGUCAUAAGGCUUUGCGACAGAUUGUGUUCCCAGAUGUUCCCAGAAAGUUUAGUGUGGAAUCUUGAAGUCGGGCUAUGGCGCUUCUUGUUGUUCGAUCAGCUUCCAGCCAGACUUGGCAAGAGUUUUUUGGUGUCAGAAGUCUUGCCGUUGCUAUUGCUUGGAGAAGCAUGUCCAGUGAGCCCCUCCAAACCGGUGGAGCUGCAGCAGGCUUGAGUUCUCAUGGCAGGGUGCGCAACACUAGAGGACAAGCAUCAUAUGGACACUUACAGCCAACAGGCUACCACACCGUCAAGAUAUCAGGCAGUUCCUUUAUGGUCCAUCGCUUGGUGGCCUUCUCUUUUCUCGGUCCUUCACCUGAUGACUUGACAUGGCAGGUGCAUCACCGCGAUGGCAGCAAGGCCAACAAUCUUUUGGACAACUUGGAGUAUGUAACACCAAGCCAGAACAUCAUUGCCUCGUAUGCCAGUCAAACUAGACGUUGUGGCGGGGCUCAGCGGUCCAUACCUGUGAUGUGGAGAGCUGUUGAGUCCCAAAGCUGGAAUAUCUCCUCCUCAAUGACGCAGGCAGCAGCUGAGCUUGGCAUGAGCCAGCCUUCAGUUGCGAGGGGAUGCCGUCAAGGCACAACAGUGAAAGGCUAUGGGUUUCAACUUGCAGACAGUCAUGAGACAGGAGCAGUGGAGGGAGAGGAGGACUGGCGACAAAUGUAUGAUCCCGUGUCAGGCCUGAAGGUGCCUGGACGGAUGGUGAGCUCUUUUGGCCGGAUCAAAUCCAAAAGUGGCCUGAUAUCUUGGGGAUGCUUGGAAAAGUCAGGGUACUACAGGACUGGCAUCAGCUUGAACUCUGACAGAAGCAUGGAGCUUGUUCAUCGUCUUGUGGCAUUUGCAUUUCUGGGACCGCCUCCAUCUCAACAUUGCAUGCAUGUUAAUCACAAAGAUCUGGACAAAAGCAAUAACGCAGCUGAAAAUCUAGAGUAUGUGACACGUUCUGAAAACAUGGCACACUUCUAUUCGAACACAGGCAUCAGAAACCGUAUGAGCGGACCAGUGGAGAGCAGAGGAAAAAGCAGCAAAGAGUGGACAAAACAUUCAUCUGUCCGCAGCGCUGCCGCUGACCUCGGUAUUUGCUCAAAGAAGAUUUAUGCAUGUACCCGUACCAACCGUCACCAGGCAAGUGCUUGCGGCUACGAUUUCAGGUGGGCCACCCAGGACAUCCUUUCAGGCGAAGAGUGGCGUUGCCUUGAUCUCGCAGCUUUGCUUCGAGAAAAAAGCACACGAAAAGGGCGGUGACCACUUGGACCAUGCAAACUCGUCCAGAUGUUCGGCGGGGUGGGCUUCGCAGCUAUACAGGCUAUACCUGUGAUGUCGGGAGCUGUGGGGUCCCAAACCACAUCAAAGACUUCAAAGUGAACUGCACAGUGGGGAUCACCUUGAGCUUACACAGCUGUAGUGAGCUCGUCGCUCGUCCAUCGCCUCGCGGCUGGCAUGCAUAUUGCAUCGUGGUGUGGUAAACCACAAGGUCACAACAAGCGGAACAAUGCAGCUGGGAACUUGGAAUAUGCAUCAAAGUUAACAAGGCGCUGGUUUGCCAAUACUAUGAACUGUGCAUGUGAAACGGAAAAGCUGUGGAAAGAAAACCUUGGAAGAGCAAUGAUAUGUUUGGUGACAGGGUCCAUGUUUUUGGAGCCCUGGCUGUGCACUCGGCCAUUGGCUGCACGAGCAUCUUUGCUUGCAUCAAGGGGUGUCGGGCAAGCAGUGAUGGCUAUGAGUUCGGACUGUCAGAAGCAACGUCGGAUCGAUCUCAAAGCACUUUUGCGAGAGGAGGCCAAAGGGAAAAG